AAAAACAUAAUAAUCAUAUAUUAGAAUUUUCAAAUCUUUUGGCUAAUAUUCUCAAAACCUUCCCCCACAAAUUUGUUAGCAUCCGUCGAUGGUCUUUCAAAAUCCAUUGUCUUCAUUUUGAAACCUUUGUGCGAAGAUCGACCAAGCGCGAGAAAUUUUUUUCUUCACAGAACUCUAAAAAGUCUGAACGCAGAGGACGGGGGAUCGUUUCCAUAAUCCAUGGCGAAUGCUGUAGAAAAUCUUGAAGAAACCUUGAAACCCUUUUAUCAGAGAGCUUCAGAAGCUGAGGACCGUUUGGCAAGACUUGAAGCCUCCCUAGUGAGCAAGAACAGUUCCGGAAAUAAUGAGGAAUUGGUAAAAAUGGUUCGAGAACUCCAGGCAAAGUUGGAUGAUGCGAAAGUCGAACUUGUUGCAGAGAAAGAGAAGGGUCUCAAAGAAGUGCAAAAGCUCACCGCAGAAAAUGCAAAACUCCAAAACCGUAUUAUACAUCUUGUACGAGCCUUAAAGGAAGCUGAUUGCAAAAUAGCAUCAAACCAAGGCUGCAGGUGAAAUUUCUUAUUCUAUUUGGUGCCCCAAACUAGAUGGUAAGUUUUCUAUGUAGUUUCCCAAUUCAAUGUUUUUUUCCUGGUGAUAGUUUGAUACAUUUCUUGUUACAUGAUAUGGUAAAUAUAGUGGUCAUUUGAAUUCUAGUUCUUUGUUACCAGUUGCUUACCAUAAAACCUCAAGCUCAGUUGAUUAUUGAUGGAUUUGAUGUACUCCAGUUUAGUUCUCCUAUCCCUUAUGUUCAUGUAAACUAAAAGGCUAGCUAUGUAUCCUCAAUGGCCUUUGGGGCAAUAUGAGGUGUAUGAUAUAUUGUUGAAGUCUAUGCCACUUGGGUCCCAUUAGUUCUAUUUUCCUAGAAAAUGGUAUUUAGGUUUUUCUUAUGUUUUGCACCGGAAAACAUUCUCUACAAGGAAAAUAUAUUCAGCCAUUCAGGACUCUG